AUGCUAACAAAUACCAGUCUAAUCCACGGUAUUCAUAUUUCAACGGCAUCGAGGACAAUAAGGAGAGUGACCUUAGCUUUGUAUCAGCUUAGAAAUGAGGUGAUAAAGUUCCCCAAGUCAAUUGAAGACCUGAGAGAGCGACAAGUAGGUUUUUAUGGAGUGGCCCAUUUCCCAAAUGUGGUCGGUGCUGUUGAUGGUACGCAUGUGAAUCUGUUGGGGGCUCCGCUAGGCGAGGACGAGUACCUCUACGUUAACAGGAAGGGUCGCAAAUCACUAAACGUUCAAUUGAUUUGCGACCACACCUACAAACUUCUGAAUGUCGUCGCCAGGUGGCCAGGAAGCACCCACGACAGCCGUAUCUUGAGGAACAGUGCCAUUGGACGACGAUUUGCUGAUGGCGAACUGCAAGGUAUCCUGCUGGGCGAUGCAGGAUAUCGCCUGGAGCCAUGGCUCAUGACGCCAGUUCGAGAGCCACAUAACAAUGCUGAAAGAGCAUAUAACAGAGCACACUGUAGGACACGGGUUUUCAUCGAGCAAGUCAACGGGCAGCUCAAGAAUAAAUUCAGAUGCUUGUUGGGUGGUGGCAUCAAUAUGUCCCCAGAGAGGGCCAGCGACAUCAUCAUCGCUUGUUGUGUCCUCUUUAAUAUAAGCAAGGAGUUGAGAGAACCAGAACAAGAAUACCACAUGGAAGUUGAUGAAGAUGUCAAUCCCCACGAGCCAGAAGGAAAUGAGCCCACUGGUGCUGCCGUUAGACAGGCAAUUAUAAACGAUUAUUUUGCUUGAACUGAUUUGGAUAUACCAUGCACAGUUUCCCCAUUGUCGUUGCUCUGUUAAUGACAAUGAUCUAAUUAUGAUUGAACAUGUGGGAGAGUUUGGGUCUGGCUGAGUGACAAAACUCACAAAAGUAAAUGUGAAUACAUAUACAUGUGCCUAAGAUCUAUGAAGAAUGAGAGGUUGUAGUCACAAGCAAAGCCCCAUAAUGAUUGACAACAAAUCUUACCAAAAUGUGCACCUUUGGAGACAAUGAAAACAAUUGUUAUUCAUAUGUAUACAAACAUAGAUGCAUAAAUAUUCUUGGAGUAUAUAUUUACAGAAAGCACUUUUGCAAAUACUGUAUCCUUCUAUCUUGUCUAUUUUGACCCUGACUUUCAUGGUGAAAGAUUCACACAGUGAGCAUCAUAUUGAAUGGUUCUGUUAAUGUAUUGAAUAUUCCAAAUGAUAGAGUACAUCAUACCUCCAAAUUGUUGAUGAAUAUGAAAUUAGGAAAGAAACCCAAACAUGCAUACAUAUAAAACAUCCUAAUAUAUAUUCCUUCAUAUAUGCUGUGAGAGUCAGAUGCAACAGGCAAGGAUCACAUGGAAUGUGGUCAUGAAUCCCAUGAAAAUUGGUUUAUGCAUCAACUCUAGAAUCAAUUUAGUUCUCUUAGCAUAACCCUGGAAUAUAAAGCAUUGGUGUAUAUGAUCAGAAGUAAUUUGUGAAACAUCACAAUAUAGCAAGUGUCACCUGGGUUCCAACGAUAUGUUAAACACAGAUAUCAAGACCGAGAGUGAAAGGAUGGCUAAUUUUUACUCACUCUGAUUUACUUGAGCUUUUGUCUGGAGUGACACUGAAAAAUUGAUGCAGCCACACAUUCCGAAAAAAAAAAAAAACCACAUCAAUGAUGUUAUAAUAUUGGAGGAAAUCUUAUUGUACUUGUCACUUCUUUAUUAAUUUUUUUUUCAGAGUUGAAUAAUAGAGAAUUAGAGCUAAAUAUGUUAUCCUUUUACUCAGAUUUGGAGAGAUUUGGUAAGUGAACAUUGAACUAUUCUUAGAGAGGGAUUCUCAAAGAUUUCAGCACCAAAAUGUUUGUGUUGCAUUGCAAGUCAUUGGUUCAAAUUUUACUAGAGUAUUGAAUGAAUAACAUUAUCUUCUAUCUGCUGAGAUGAGAAUAAAAGUUCAAGUUUAACAUUCUCAAUUCAGUAGUCUUUGUCAUUUUUUUUUUCAAUAUACAUCAACUCAUUUACAUAAUAUUUGCUAAAUGUAUGGUUUUGGAAAUUUACCAAAGUUCAAGGUGAUUUUACUACAAGUUCUAAAACAAUAUUCAUCAGGUUUUCAGUCUACUCAUUUCUUCCGUUGAGGUGUUUGUGUAGUUCAAUUUUUGCUACAAAAUCUCCAGAUGAUGAAAACAUCAAAGAAAACAAUUUCUAUAUUAAUUCCUGAAAAAAUGAAGUAUUGAAGUUAAUAGUUGAUAUGAUGAAUCAUAAAUACAUUACAUAGCACAGGUUAUUUUAAAAUGUAAAAUUUGCUUCUUUAU